UUUCUUGAAAAAAGGAGUUAAAAAGACUUGAUCUUGGUUGUUUUUUUAAACAUUUUUAGUUUUUGGUUUGGUAAUUAUAAUACCAUAACUAUCUUCCCAAUUUCUUGGUUUCUUGGAAAAAAAGAAGACAUGAUUUUGGUUUGUUUUUGACAUUUUAAGUUCUUGGUUAUAAAUGGUGUCAAAAUCUUGAAAAUCUCAAAAAAUUACCAUCAACUGUCUUCCUAUUUUGUUUGAGUUUAAGUGUCUGGUUGAAGCUUCGUGUAGUAGAAGGGUCCAGUUGACAAUCCGAGCUAAGUAUAAGGCUUCCACCAAAAAAGACAUGAUCUUGGUUGUUAUUUAACAUUUUUAGUUCUUGUUUUGGCAAUUGUAAUACCUUUACUGUCUUCCCAAAUUCUUGAAAAAAAACAAGAGUGAAAAAAGACAUGAUUUUGAUUGGCUUUUGACCUUUUUUGGGGUUCUUGAUUUUGGUAUAACAAAAGAAUGGGAGAAGUGGAGGGGUGGGGUUGGCCACCAUCACCAAGUGGAUCACCAAUGUACAUAACAAAAGAUGAUCAUUGGACACAUUUUGACAAUUCUGUUAAUGCUGUUUCUUUUGGUUUUGUUGCCACUGCCAUUCUUAUUUCUAUGUUCCUUGUCAUGGCUAUUUUUGAGAGGUUUCUCAGGCCCAAUUCACCAGCUUUAUCGACGUCCCGUGGCCGGAAUCUUGGUGACAUUGAGUCUCAGAUGAGCUUCUAUGGAAAACUUGGUCAUCAAACUCCUAAAGUGUCAACGAAGGCUCGAGAAGUUUCAGUGUUGAUGCCAGGAGAAGAUGUCCCUACUUUUCUAGCCAAUCCUGCUCCUGUACCCUGUCCUCCUGAACGCGAUCCAUGGCCUCUCCAUCAACAGAAUUCCUUGCCCGGUCUCUUGAACUUGGACUCGAAUGCACAAUAAUCCUAGCUAGCUCAAUUUGAAGGCAAUAAACAUUCAAAAUACCAAAAUGAUGGAGUUCACCAAUUGGUUUUUUGUUCCUCCCCUUGGCUCCUUAAUUUAAUGUACAUAUAGCAUUUAGGUAUUGGCUUGUUCAAAGCUUUUCUUAUCUAUUUAAUUGAGC